AUGGAGAAGGGAAUUUUCAAAGAAUCGGUUACCUCGCCAGCCUCUCCUCAAUAUGACAGCAGCGACAGCGAUAGCUUUCAAUAUACCACCGAGGUAGGCGGUAAUACCUCGAAGGCGACAUACCAAGAAGCAUCGGGCGCCCCAGUCGAGGUCAAUUCCCCGUUGGGGUAUUCAGUUGGACCGGUGACUGUGAUCUUUCUCAAUUUGAGUAAGAUGAUUGGGACGGGUGUUUUUUCAACUCCAUCAAAUGUCCUGACAGGAGCCGGCUCCGUCGGGCUCUCGUUGUUGUACUGGGUUAUCGGAUAUCUGAUGGCGUCAAGCUCGCUAUCUGUUUAUAUGGAAUUUGCAUCUUGUUUCCCGAGUCGGUCGGGCUCUGAGGUCGUUUAUCUUGAACAGUCGUAUCCGAGACCGAAGUAUUUCUUUCCUACUGUUUUUGCAAUGCAGACUGUUUUGUUUUCGUUUAGUAGCAGUAAUGCUGUUGUUUUGGCGCAGUAUCUUUUUCAACUUGCGGAUGCUGAAUCUACACCUUGGAAAUUGAAGGGUGUUGCUGCGGCUUCGUAUACUGUUGCUGUACUAGUUCUUGCAUUCAACACGAGAUGGUCUCUCCGAAUUGCAAAUACCAUUGGUGUUGUGAAACUGAUCACAUUGAUAUUUAUCGGAAUCAGCGGGUUGGUCGUCCUCGGAGGUCACACCUCAGUACCAGAUCCAAAGGCAAACUUCAGAAACGCAUUCGAUGGAAGUGGUGCAGCUACAGUUUAUGGAACAACGAAUGCAUUGGUCAAAGUCAUGUUUUCAUAUGCAGGUUUUGAAAAUGCUUUCAACGUGGUCAACGAAGUUCGGAAUCCCACUAAAACCCUGCGAUGGAGCGCUCCAUUGUCCCUCGGGCUUACCGCGACUCUAUACAUUUUGGCCAACAUCGCAUACUUCAGUGCUGCAUCCAAGGAAGAGAUCCUUGAGUCGAAGGUUGUUGCUGCUGGUCUUUUCUUCGAAAAGGUGUUUGGUAGUAGUGGCGCGGCGACGGCAUUGAACUUUCUCAUUUGCCUUUCUGCAUUUGGGAAUCUACUUGCUGUUCUUAUUGGACAAUCUCGUAUGCUGAGAGAAUGUGGGAGACAAGGUGUUCUACCCUGGACCUCAUUCUGGACCUCAACCAGACCCUUCGGCACACCCCUCGGUCCAUACCUGGUAAAAUGGGGCUUCACAAUGCUCAUGAUUCUAGCACCACCAGCAGGUAAUGCCUUCAAUUUUAUUGUGGAUAUGGGAACAUACCCGGGCUCCAUAUUUUCCUUGAUCCUGGCCAUCGGACUAGUGAUUACUCGGCAGCGUCGUAAACGGCUAAAUCUGGGUGCCCCAGACUACCAGACUUGGCAUGUUACGGUUGGGUUCUCGAUCCUUUCUAAUUUGUACAUGGUCGCUAUGCCGUGGUACCCGCCUAGUACUGGGGCUAAGGGCGGUGAUGUGAGCUUCUGGUAUGCGACAUACUGUGCGGUUGCUAUUGGAAUUAUUGCGCUCUGUGGAGUUUACUAUUAUGUCUGGAUCCAACUUCUUCCGAGACUGCAAGGGUUUAAGUGGGAGCAGACGGUUCUCACGUUGGAUGAUGGUGCGACAGCCCAUAAGAUGGUGAAAGUGAAGAAAGAGAGUUGA